GAUAAUUUUGAGGUCAUAGGGAUAAGAGAAUAUCAAUCAUUGCUUCAACUCGCACAGACGAAAGAGAUAUAGAGAGCACGGUAGAAGGAUCCAAACUCCACUACAUACAUCCACCCCUCAAUACAACAGACGACAUAACACCACACGAACGACUUAACAACAAUGACGCUCCUCCAAACCCUCCUCCGCGCAACCGCCUUCCGCACGCCCCUCCUCCGCACCCUCGUCCCGACCGUCGCCCUCGCAUACGGCAUCCAAACCGCCGUCGCGAUCCCCUCCAUCGCCGCGCAGACCGAGCGCUUCUACGACCUGUCGGGAAGCCUGACCUAUCUGUCCUGCACGGCCGCGAGCCUGUUUCUUCCGUACCUGCGGGCGAGGGCGGCGGGACAGUUCGCGUCGGGUGGGUUGAGCGAGUAUCUUGCAGCGACGGGCGCGGGGCAGGGUGCGUGGUGGUGGAGGCAGGCGGUGUUGAGUGCGGCGGUGGGGGUGUGGGCGACGAGAUUGGGAACAUACCUCUUCAAGCGCAUCUCGUCCGACGGCCACGACUCGCGGUUCGACAAGAUCCGCGGCAGCGCCUCCAAGUUCUACGUCGCCUUCUUCGCGCAGGCGACCUGGGUAUCUCUCUGCCUGCUCCCCGUCAUCGCCGUGAACUCCCUCCCCCGCUCUGCCUUCGCGCUCACGGCCUCCAAACUCGCUACCACCGGCUCCACCGCCGCAGCCGUCGUCGCAGCAUCGCCAUACGCGACGGACAUCCUAGGCCUCUUCCUCUUCGCCUUCGGCCUGACGUUCGAGAUCGUGGCGGACAGGCAGAAGUCGCAGUGGAGCAAGGAGAAGAAGGAGAAGAAGCACUCGGAGGAGUUCCUGACGAGGGGUUUGUGGUCCAAGUCGAGGCAUCCGAACUACUUCGGCGAGAUCACGCUGUGGACGGGCAUUGCGGUCGUGGGCGCGAUGUGUGCGGCUAGUCCCGCGUUUGUGAGUUUCUUGUUGUUGAAGGUUAGUGGGGUGCCGUUGAGUGAGAAGAAGUAUGAUGGGAAGUUUGGGGAUAGGAAGGAUUAUAAGGAGUGGAAGGAGAAUACGCCUAUGUUGAUCCCCAAGUUUUGAGGGAAUAGGGCAGCAUAGAGGACGAAAACUGUUUGUAUGUAUAUGGAAAUUCGAGAAGAUUGAUUUUGAUUCUUUGACCGGCCCCGCUGCUAUGUUUCUGGUAUCUACCUAAAGUCCAACCGCAAAUCUAGUGUAUCAUGUAAUAGUAAA